GCGUGGCAGGAAGCGGAAGCGGCCGCGGCCUGCCGCCCACCGCCGGCCCCGCCCCGCCCCGCGCAGCGCCGCGCCGCGCCGCUCGCCGGGGGACUAACACUGACGUGUCUCUCGCGGAGGUGUAGUUCUUCGGGGCGGGCUGGGCCGGGGGAAGCGUCGCCUCUCGCGGAGCGGAGCGGAGCCGAAGCGGCAUCCGGAGACUGAGCAGCCGCCGCCAUGGCGAUCAAAUUUCUGGAAGUCAUCAAGCCCUUCUGUGUUAUCCUGCCGGAAAUUCAGAAGCCAGAGAGGAAGAUUCAGUUUAAGGAGAAAGUGCUGUGGACCGCUAUCACCCUCUUUAUCUUCUUAGUAUGCUGCCAGAUUCCUCUGUUUGGUAUCAUGUCUUCAGAUUCAGCCGACCCUUUCUAUUGGAUGAGAGUGAUUCUGGCUUCUAACAGAGGCACAUUGAUGGAGCUGGGUAUAUCUCCUAUUGUCACCUCUGGCCUUAUCAUGCAACUCUUGGCUGGUGCCAAGAUAAUUGAAGUUGGUGACACCCCAAAAGACCGAGCUCUCUUCAACGGAGCCCAAAAGUUAUUUGGCAUGAUCAUUACUAUUGGCCAGUCUAUAGUAUAUGUGAUGACGGGAAUGUACGGGGACCCUUCUGAAAUGGGUGCUGGAAUCUGCUUGUUAAUCACCAUUCAGCUUUUUGUUGCUGGCUUAAUUGUCCUACUUUUGGAUGAACUCCUACAAAAAGGGUAUGGCCUGGGUUCUGGUAUUUCCCUCUUCAUUGCAACUAACAUCUGUGAGACCAUUGUAUGGAAGGCGUUCAGCCCCACCACCGUCAACACUGGCCGAGGGAUGGAAUUCGAAGGUGCCAUCAUCGCUCUGUUCCAUCUUCUGGCCACACGCACUGACAAAGUCCGAGCCCUCCGAGAGGCCUUCUAUCGCCAGAACCUCCCCAACCUCAUGAACCUCAUCGCCACCAUCUUUGUCUUUGCAGUGGUCAUCUAUUUCCAGGGCUUCAGAGUGGACCUGCCAAUCAAGUCAGCCCGCUACCGAGGCCAGUACAACACCUACCCCAUCAAGCUCUUCUACACCUCCAACAUCCCCAUCAUCCUGCAGUCUGCCCUGGUGUCCAAUCUCUAUGUCAUCUCCCAGAUGCUGUCCGCUCGCUUCAGUGGCAACUUGCUGGUCAGCCUGCUGGGCACCUGGUCGGACACUUCUUCCGGGGGCCCAGCACGUGCUUAUCCAGUUGGUGGCCUUUGCUAUUACCUGUCCCCUCCAGAAUCUUUUGGUUCUGUGUUGGAAGACCCCGUGCAUGCAGUUGUGUACAUAGUGUUCAUGCUGGGUUCCUGUGCAUUCUUCUCCAAAACGUGGAUUGAGGUCUCGGGUUCCUCUGCCAAAGAUGUUGCGAAGCAGCUGAAGGAGCAGCAGAUGGUGAUGAGAGGCCAUCGGGAGACAUCCAUGGUCCAUGAACUCAACCGGUAUAUCCCCACAGCCGCAGCCUUUGGCGGGCUGUGCAUUGGGGCCCUCUCGGUCCUGGCUGACUUCCUGGGUGCCAUCGGGUCUGGAACCGGGAUCCUGCUUGCGGUCACGAUCAUCUACCAGUACUUUGAAAUUUUCGUCAAAGAGCAGAGUGAGGUCGGCAGCAUGGGAGCCCUUCUCUUCUGAGCCACGUCUUCCAAGGACCAGGAAGAAGAAGCGUGCUCUGGAACUGCCUACCAAGGGGAACUUGUCAUGGGCGAGGGCUGCUGUGGCUUGUGGACUUUUGUUUAAUAAUGUUUUUCAAUUUCAUAUUUGUUCAUUCCACUGUGUCAAAAGCUAAACGUUUUUCAAUUUGAAAAUUUACUUUUUAUUCUGGCGUUGGCAAAAAGAACUGUAGAAGUGAAAUUUUACUGCUGACUGCCAGAGUGGUGGGGAUGGUGAAUAGUUGUCCCCAGGUGUCCACGUAACUUACCGUUUGAAACUUUGCACCUUCUCAGUGCUGUGGGCGCCUGUGUUGACUGUUCCCCCACAGCUGUUCCCCUUCCAAUCUGGCUAGAAGCACAAACACUGCAAUGUCUGUGUUUCGUUUUGGCAGUGGGAUGUGAAGCUGGGAGCAGACUGUGUUUUCUGGGGACACUGAACCUUAUCAGCUUGUCUCCUUCACAAUCAGGCUGGGCGUAUCUGGCUGAAGACUGUUUCUCAGACACCGUUGUUUUCUCUUACUUUUUAAGUAGAUUUUUAGUUCAGAGCUUCUUCCAAAAGAGAGGAAUAGAUUUCCUAGAAGACACUCUUGGGCCAGCUGUGAAUUUUUUGCAUGUGCCUAAUGGCUCUUCUAGCUGACUCUUUCAGUCGGACUUUGAGUCUGCUUGUCUCUGCCAUCUCCAGGGACAGUCACCUGCAUCCUGUAAUGGAGUGAGGUUGGGGGUCUUCAGCUUUGCAAAGUGGCGCCUGGCCGAGCUCGGUAGACAUUUAUGUGGAGGACUCUUGCAGUGAUGCCUGUUUGUCCAGAUGCUACCAGUCGUCAUUGGAUGUGUUUCCUGGUGGUGGCAGUAAGGCCCAGAAUGAGUGACUCCGUAUUCACAGGCUACUUCUACCCUCUAGGCCGACAAUCUCCACUUGUAUUUUUAGAGUUUUCUUUUUGUGUUUAGGACCAAACACAAGUAAGUAAAUGACCAGAUGCCACCAACCUCCUCUGAGCCUUCAUGGUAUGUUCAGCAGAGAGAGGAGAUCACAUGCUCAAGGUCAGUAGUGAAAGCAGGUUGAAAGAGCUUGGGUGUUUUUGGCAAGUUACUCCAGUGCUAUAAGACUCACGAUUAUAAGCUCUGUUUGUGAUGAUGCGCGGGAUGGAUCUUGGAGACUACCAUCCUUCCUUUCUAAGGCCUUCAGGGAAGCCUCUCAGAACAGGUGCUGCUUGGCAAGAGUGGCAGCAAGUUGGGCACUGAGAUCCUUCAGGAUCUAAAAGUUUUGAGUUGACCUUUAAAUAUGGUGUGAUCAAGGGUAUCCUUGCAGGGUACCCCAGAUCUAAGAAGGGAGCACCAGACACAGCCAUGUAGGGAAAGACAGUAUGCCGACUGCAGGCACACAGAACCCUCUGAAGCACAGAGUCACUGCCAUGAUUAGUAGAGGCUGCAGACUUUGUACCUGUCUGAAUAAUGGUGGGACUUCCUGGGAGACUUCACUGGCAGUGCCAGCUAGGAAACAGACCAAUAAAAGGACAAGAAACAACUUGCCUAAAGCCACCCAGCAAGUCAGCAGCAGAACCAGAAAGCGUCCUAGGCCCCUCCACCCACAGUCCAGGGCUUACCACCUACCACACGUGGCCUUGUCUAGACCCAGUCCUAAGCGAGGGAAGGCUCUGAGACCUGGUGCCCUCACACCCAUGUGGUUUUCCCACUGCCCUGUCACUGCUGCUGCUGCUGCGGAACGGCAGGGCCUGCCCCAGCCCAACCCUGGAAUGCUACAGCCUCUGGCAGGCAGGUGGCCGCACCCAAGCUGGUGGGCUGUGGGUGGAGAGUGCCAGGCCUCAGGCGGAGCCCCAUAGUCCUGCCUGCAGCUUGUAACCGUCCUGCUGGGCCCUGCGAGACCGGAUUCAGGCUCUGGUUAGGGGUCACAGUGGGUGGGUGACGGGGGCUAAACCCAGCUUCCAGGAGACUGUCACUGUGGACGCCAAAAUGGCAUAACUGAGAUAAGGUGAAUAAGUGACAAAUAAAGCCAAUUUUGUACAAG